GGGGCGGGCAAUCAAUGCCGCCGCUGGGAGCCGGCUUCGCAGAAAGGCCCCCCUCGCAUCUGGAAAUCACACGCUGACGCCACUGUUCCUGUGCUCGCGCUGCGUGGGGACCUGGACGUAAAUAGCUAAGUACUUGUCUGCAAUAUUUGUAGAUUCCGAGGUGCUGUUCCGUAGAGUUUCUGUGGUGCCAAAAGGUACCCUUUGGUCCAUAGAAGCAGAGGCAGCCAAGCGACGAGGAGGGAGACAGGGAAGGAUCCCAGCAGGCUCCCAUCAGAGCAGAGGAGAUAGGUAAGGAGAAGCAGGGUGAGCGCAGCGGCGCAGGGAGGCGGAGAGGAGGGGCCGAGAAUGCAGGAGCAGGCGGCGAGCUCGCGGCCGUCCAGGUCCAGCAGCGAGAGGUCCUCCAGCUCCGCGCACCACAUCGACAUGGAGGUCAAGGAAGGGAUGGAGAGCGACGAGGAGAUAAGGAGAGUGCCGGAGCUGGGCCUGGAGCUCCCCGGCGGCGCUUCCACGUCGGGGAGGGAGGCCGGAGCUGGCGCCGGCGGCCCGGAGCGCGCCCAGUCGUCCACGGCGCAGGCCAGCUCGCGCCGCCGCGUGCGCAGCCCCGCCGACAAGGAGCACAAGCGCCUCAAAAGAUUACUGAGGAACCGGGUGUCAGCCCAACAGGCAAGAGAGAGGAAGAAGGCUUAUCUGACUGACCUAGAGGUGAAGGUAAAGGACCUGGAGAAGAAUAACUCAGAGAUGGAAGAGAAGCUCUCCACCCUCCAGAAUGAGAACCAGAUGCUCCGACAGAUACUGAAGAACACCACUGUAAGCAGAAGAGGCCCAGGCAGCACUGCUGGUGGAGAGGGCCAAUAGCACAGAAGAUGAGGACAAAUAGUGAUGCUUUUAUGCCAAAAAAAUAUAUAUACUUAUGUGGAAUGGAUUUGGUCAGGGCGUUUUCUGGCCGAAGAAGAGAACCCCAAAAAAAAACGGGGUGAAGAAAUUGUGCAGACGGUCAUAUAAUAUCUCACUGUAUUACCAUCCGUAUCCGAUGUACAGACGGUUCAGUGGAAAAAACUUGAGGAAUGCUUGAACAUAUAUCGUAUCAUUUUGAGACAUUUAACAUGCUUUACAUA